AUAGAUAAUAAUACAUUGUUACUAAUUCUAAUGUACUAAAUAUGCUGAUUUGUGGGUGUUUAUUUAGGGGUCAACCCAAUUAUGGUGUUCAGAUCCUAUCGGUGACAUUUCAGCACUGGAACAAAACAGGAAAAGGAGUGUAUGGAUUGUUUCGCUAAAAAUCUUAGCUAGCUGCACAGCUAGCUAAAGUAUCUAAUCAUCAUUACAUUUUUUAACGCAGCAUAAUUUAAAUAAAUGUGAAUAUUAAACUUCCAGCAGAGUCAUGAAUGGGAGUACAAAUCCGCUCUUGGACAAAGAAGAACAUGUUUUAAAGCUCGGAGAGAGCUUUGAGAAGAGGCCAAAAUCGUCAUUUCACACCAUCAGAUAUGAUUUCAAACCAGCUUCAAUUGACACAAGCUGCGAAGGAGAGUUGCAAGUCGGUAAAGGAGAGGAAGUCACCAUCACAUUACCUCACAUUCCAGGCUCUACACCACCCAUGACAGUAUUCAAAGGAAAUAAGCGGCCAUAUCAGAAAGACUGUGUUCUUAUCAUCAAUCAUGACACUGGGGAGUACAUGCUGGAGAAGUUGAGCAGCAGUAUCCAGGUCAAGAAAACCAGAGCGGAGGGCAGCAGUAAGAUCCAGGCCAGGAUUGAGCAGCAGUCGGUGCGUGCCACUGCCACCCAGCCUCCAGCGCAGUUCCGUGCCCCCACUAAGCCUGGUGCAGGGGCCAAGACCUCCCCCUCCCCUUCCAAGGACAACCCCUCCCCUGAGCCCCAACUAGAUGACAUCAAGAGAGAGCUGCGAGCGGAGGUGGAGGUUAUUGAACAAAUGAGCAGCAGUAGCGGCAGCAGCUCAUCUGACUCUGGUAGUGGGGACGACAGCUCCAGCAGUGAUGGGGAGCAUGACGCCCCUCACCCCCAACCUGUCCCACUCCCUCUCCCCCAGAUCCAGCCCUCCCCCAACCGUAAUCCCAUGGCCAACGGAGGAGCAGACAGGGAACAGGGCAGCAACCAGCUGAUGAACACGCUCAGGAACGACCUCCAGUUGAGUGAGUCAGGCAGCGACAGUGACGACGACUGAACUGCCCCCAUCUACCUCUCAUUAUCACACCAUCUUGCUCUCCUCUUUCUUCUCCUUGCCUGGUUCUGUUGUUUUGCUGCUGUGGCAACCGACCCAACUGUAAAGUCUGGUUUUAUUGUAUUUUUUUAUAUCUCUUGAGAAACCGGCCAACCUUGAGAUUUAAUAGUGUAUUUUUUUGAUUAGCUGUAUAUUUUGUUUUGUAUUUUUAAAUCCUUUUACAUAUGAAAACAUGCUAAAGAAUAUAUAUUAGAAUGCAUAUAUAUAUAUAGAGCUCCUAGUUGUAUCAACUUGUAUCACAAGUCUUUGUUGUUUUCUUGUUUCUUCACAAGGGGAGGGGCUUAUUUGGACUAUAUCACCCCCAUCUUCCCUAUUUAUCUGGAAAUCAAAAGAAGGCACUGAAAGCAUUUCACCCAUUCCAUGUUUUUAUCAGAAUCAUGACACUUUCAAAAUCAGUCUUUCAAGAGGCCAGGAUGCAGCUCACAUCAAUUUUAAGCUAUAGAGGAUACUAAAGAACGUACUCAUAUUUUUCAUGUAAAAUCAGUUUCAAUUGACCACUUACUAAAGUGUUUAGCUGGAAUAUUGACCUGUUCUGGUGAACAGGUAAAUAUCAGUAACAGGUAAAUGGUAGUAAAUGAGCCUGGGUCAAUCCUUUACAUGUCAAAGCACUUUAGUUGAAUUGUAAUAUCAUAACUUUCAGCAGUUUCCACCUAAAAUAUUUUGCAUUGCUUUAACAGCACCUGUCUGACCUAACAGUUAAAUGCAACUAACAACCAGUAUUUACGAGUUCAUCAUACCCUUUAUAGCUAAUAUUCUACUAUUUCCACAUCUAUCAUUUGACUUUCUGAUUCUGUCUCACUCAAUAGCUAGAUUGCCAUCCAUUUGGUGACAGAUUUUCAUGCGAACAUUCUAAAAUCUGCAUUAAAACAACAUGUGCAUAUUCCCACCAGAUAUGUUUCCAUCAAAUCGAUGUGUUGCGGAUAACAGUAUGUGUGUGAUGACGUAGUGUACAUAAAUACACGUUUAAUGGGUUUCCAUCGCAUUUUAAACUACUCAUGUUGCGUUAUAUUGCGAAUCUCUGGUCUUUGCACGUGCGCUCUAGCCAACAGCUCAUAGGUAGGCUAGUCUACAUGAUGAGAUUAUUAUGGAUAAAGCGUGAUUAUCUUUUAUUUGUCAAGCGGCAGCCUAGCAUCGAUCAUCAUGUCACCAGAAUAAGACUCUCGAUAUUUAUCGGAAAGGCUCAUCACCGUGCACUUUCACCACCAUGUAAAGUUUAUCAUCAUUUAUUUCAUAUAGCCUAAUAAACUGCAUGCUUUCCGUAGUCGUAGUGGAAGGACCACACAAUAUCAUCACGACUCCACAUUUAUUUCAUAUAGCCUAAUAAACUGCAUGCUUUCCGUAGUCGUAGUGGAAGGACCACACAAUAUCAUCACGACUCUACAUUUAUUUCAUAUAGCCUAAUAAACUGCAUGCUUUCCGUAGUCGUAGUGGAAGGACCACACAAUAUCAUCACGACUCCACAUUUAUUUCAUAUAGCCUAAUAAACUGCAUGCUUUCCGUAGUCGUAGUGGAAGGACCACACAAUAUCAUCACGACUCCACAUUUAUUUCGAUAUGAUAGUUAUAUCAAUAUUGGCACAUGAAGGCGUUUCCACUGCCAUUUCUCACAUUAUUAAUUUUACAGACACACUGUCUACUGUAUUUUGUUUUGUCGAAAUUUGGAAAGUUUACCGACAAAAUGUCCUUUUUCCACCAGACCUGUCGUGGCAUUGUUUUAUCCGACAUGUACUUUACUCACAUGAGAAGGUUGGAUGGAAACCUGGUUACUGGCCCAACCAUAUAUCACUGUCCCAAAUUCCCAACCGUAUAUCACUGUCCCAAAUUCCCAACCGUAUAUCACUGUCCCAAAUUCCCAACCAUAUAUCACUCUCCCAAAUUCCCAACCAUAUAUCACUCUCCCAAAUUCCCAACCGUAUAUCACUCUCCCAAAUUCCCAACCGUAUAUCACUCUCCCAAAUUCCCAACCAUAUAUCACUGUCCCAAAUUCCCAACCGUAUAUCACUGUCACAAAUUCCCAACCGUAUAUCACUGUCCCAAAUUCCCAACCAUAUAUCACUCUCCCAAAUUCCCAACCAUAUAUCACUGUCCCAAAUUCCCAACCAUAUAUCACUCUCCCAAAUUCCCAACCAUAUAUCACUCUCCCAAAUUCCCAACCAUAUAUCACUGGCCUAGUUUCAGACCAGUGUAGACAUUUUCAGAAGGACCAAAGAAGCAAAACAAGUAGUUUUUAGAAUACAGACACCGAACUUCUAUUUUUACUUAGAAAUGCGUCUAUUUUCACUAGAUGUUGAGUUAUUCAUAGAAUGUAAACGCUGAUAUAAAAUGACCACUUGUUUUUUUCAUCAGUUCCAUAGAUUCAACUGAUUUGGAGUGAUAGCAGAGUCACGUUGGAUCACAUCUUUUAAUUUAGCAACUGUUGUGACAGUGAAUAUCAUUUGAUACUCUAUAUCAUGUGCCCUGUAACAAAACAAUCCCUAAUCCAAAAUAACUUGAUGUAUCCCCCAUAGAGAUGUGACGUUGUAUCCCAGUGGGCACUCCAUGUAAUUUAAACGUGGAAAUGUGGGUAAUAUUUGGUUGAGACGUUGAUCAAUGAAAUUUCAACCUUUAUCCACCCACUCAAAAAGUCAGCCAGAAAUGUGUUGCAUUUCCGGUGUGUUAUCACUAUGCAUUCAACCAUCCAAAUGCACAAUCAAAUUCCAAUUUGAAAAACUGUGAUUUCUAGUGUAGUUAUAAUCUAAACGUUAUCACUGCGCUUUGAACCAUUUUAAACCACAAGGUUCAAAUGGGAAUAAAAUGUCAGAUCAUUUGUAUUUAUACAACAAUUUGAUGUGUUAUCACUGCACGACCAAAUGACCUGGAUUGCAGCUGAGACGACAUUAAAAUCACAUAGUACAAAGUGAUCAAUAAUGUUCGAGAUUCUGCACAGAUUAUUAUAGGUAUUGUGAAUAUCUCCACAGACCUGCGGUGUUUGAACAUGCACGCUUUCAAUUAUUACAUAAGACAUUUAUAGUUACUGUAGGCUAACCUCAACAUGUGACCAUGGAUGUGUGUUACUCAUUUUAAAAGAUGUAAUAAAUACUGUUACAUUAGUUUGUAAGAUGCCUUAACUUUAGGCUAUUUACUGUCUUACAAAAGUCAGCCAAAUAUCUACAUUUUAAAGGAUAUCUAAUGCUUGGAUGGUUUCAUCCUAUUCUUAAUCCUAUUCUUUAACUUUUAUUUUUGGUUCAAUUGGAGACGUGAAUCCAACAUAUCAUUUGUUAACUUGUCGUCAAGUUAAUAGGCUAUUUACUGUAUUGCAAACGUGAUAUUGAAUUGUGUUUGGUUGUCAACAUAACCAAAUAUCAACAUUUGAAGGAGAUGUAUCUUUUUUGCCCUGAUUUAGUAUAGCUUUAAUUCCAAUUUGUCUACAAAUUAACAAUUGAUAUGUUGAAUUAAUGUCUCCAUCUCAACCAAUAAUCAAAAUGAAAGGAUGUGACUAAAUCAAAUCAAAGUUUAAGUGCAUUUAAAGUCAGAUGUGAUUUAGUCCUAUUCUUUAACUUAGAUUUUUGGUUGAGAUGAAGACAUGAAUCCAACAUAUCAAUAUUUAAUUUGUAGAUAAACUGGAAUUAAAGCCAGACUAAGUCAGUGGCACAGAUGGAACUAUCCAAUCAGAAGAUAAAUCUCCUUCAAAUGUUGAUAUUUGAUUGCGUUGACAACCAAAUACUAUUCAAUAUCCAGUUUAUCUACAAAUUAAUAAUUGAUAUGUUGGAUUUGCGUCUCCAUCUCAACCAAAAAUCUAAGUUAAAGAAUAGUACUAAAUCUAGUCAAACUUUAAAUGCACUUUACAUAAACUUUGAUGUAGUUAUAUUCAUUCACCUAGUCCUAGUCUGGUCAGUGACAAAUAUCAAAGCUAAGCAGGGCUGGGCUUGGUUAAAACUCUGGAUGGGAAACCAAAUGAAUAGCUGUAUAUAGAUCAACUCUCCAACAGAAGGUGCUGCUGAACCUAUUGUUAUUUUUCUGAUAGUGGAUAUGUCGUUGAAGAUCUGAUGUUGUUUCAAAGGUACAAAUUCAACAUAUUUUACACAAGGUUUGUCUAUGUUGAAAAUUGGUUACACCGAUGACAUAAUCCCGUGGUUGAAAUUCCACCCUCAAAAUAAGUUGACAUUGAUAACUUUUUUUAAAAAUCCAAUAUAUUUUCCACAUAGAUUCCAUGUCACAAAACAUUGACAAAUUUACGUUGAACCAACGUUGAUUCAACCAGUUUAUGCCCAGUGGGAUGUGUGUUCAUAAGGUGCUUACAUGGUAUUUAACUGGUGCUGUUGUGUGUCUGGGAAAUCAAGCAAGCGAUGUGUGUACAAAUGUAAAAUAAUGUUUUGUUUUCACAGCAGUUUGGAUCCAUGUAGUUGGAUGCUAUUUCCAAUGUGUGUCUCUCUGGCAUCCAGUGUUAUUUCUGACCCAUACUGUUACUGUCCCAGUACAACCUCUCUUGCCACAUUUAUCGAGGUGGUUGACUUAUUGCGUUUAUCUCUAGGUUUUGUGCUUUGAGGUGUAUUAAAGUGUGCACAUGUAUUUAAAUUGAAUGAACUUUUUAUGUGUUGACCUCACAUCAGUCAACCAAAAUAAAGGAAGAAAACAGUCA